AUGAAGGUAGCUCUGGUACUUUUUGCUUUCGCCGUAGUUGCAUUAGCCGUGCCAACAAACAGACCAAGAAAACCGUUCAGGCCCAACCCCAACAGAGUGCAUAGGCGAAUAGAAGAAACUACGACGAUCCGAACUUAUCAGCCAAAAUACAAUCCCUUCAAAUCAACAGAAUUGUCGACGUCGACUACACCGUCAGUUUCACCUUUACGGAAGAAUGUUUAUUCCUCUUCUUCGACAAAAAUUUCAUCAGUCAAAUUAAUAGAGGAUCUUUCUACUGAUCCCCCAUUUAUUGCUGCUCCUGUAGAAGAGCCAUCCGAUUCACAGUCUUCCGGUCCUCCCCCUUCUCCGCCUGAAUCUGAAGCGGCAAUUUCACUUGCGGAGUUAGAAUUAUCCCCUCCUAUUUUAUUCUCUACUCCAUCUCCGGAUGAAGUAUCUUCUUCACCUUCGCCAACAAAACCAUCGUCUUCAACCUCCAAACCACUGAUUUCAACCACUACAAAAAAGCCUAGCUCCACUUCCGCUUUCAAAAAACCAGUUCUUCUCCGUCCUUCUAAAUCUGUGUCUCCUUCAUUCAAAUCUCAACAACCCACCCUCAGUACUCCCAAAAUAUUGGCCUCUUCAGUAUCUUCUUCUUCCCCUGGCACACCAUCUUUACGUGUUCCAAAAACUGUGGCUUCUCCAAUAUUUCCAUCCAAACCAUCGCAAACUUCGGCUACCUCAGUAACUCCUUCAACCUCUGCUCCAUCAUCAUCUUUACGUAGCCCAAAAAGCUUGGCUCCUCCACUAUUCUCUUCCUUUUCACAAACACCCAAAUCACCUGUUUCAACAGUAUUAUCGCAACCCUCCUUUGGCCCAGCACCAACUAGAAGUGAAAAAUCUGUCAACCUCCAAGCGUCAGAUGACUCUGCCAACAGUGCAUCGGUAAACUACAGCUUCUCUUAUAAGGUCACUGAUCCUCAAACUAGUCAGGACUUUGGCCACAGUGAGAACCGCGUCGGAAACCACACGAAAGGGAGGUACGACGUUCUCUUACCUGAUGGUCGUCGCCAGGUUGUCGACUACCAAAUCCUCAAUGACUCUGGUUAUGUAGCCGAUGUCUCAUACCAAGGCUAA